AUGCAAAUCAUUGAGAAUGGCACUGGUGGAUUCAACGAACAAGGCGGUCGUGGAAAUGGGCACCCCGGAGAUAAUCCGUUCUACAGCAACAUUGAUAGUAUGCCCGACAUUAGACCGAGAAGGAAAUCCAUACCACUUGUUUCCGAACUUACAAUGGCUGCGACUAAGAGGAACGCUGGAUUGACAUCAGCUGUGCAUCGAGCGACUUUGAACGACGAGGAACUAAAGAUGCACGUCUAUAAGAAGACGUUACAAGCGCUUAUCUAUCCCAUAUCAUCAACCACGCCUCACAACUUCGUUCUUUGGACGGCGACUUCACCAACAUACUGCUAUGAAUGUGAGGGCCUACUUUGGGGAAUUGCUAGGCAAGGUGUCAGGUGUACAGAAUGCGGUGUCAAGUGUCACGAAAAGUGUAAAGAUCUACUCAACGCCGACUGCUUACAGAGGGCGGCGGAAAAGUCCUCGAAGCACGGCGCCGAGGAUAAAGCCAACUCCAUCAUCACGGCGAUGAAGGAACGGAUGAAACAACGCGAGCGCGACAAACCGGAGAUCUUCGAGCUGAUCAGACGCGUGUUCAGCAUGGAGUCAGAGGGCCAUUCGACGCACAUGAAUACGGUGAAGCAGUCCGUCCUCGACGGUACAUCAAAGUGGAGCGCCAAGAUCGCCAUCACAGUUAUUUGCGCCCAAGGUUUGAUCGCGAAGGAUAAGAGUGGUACCUCGGAUCCCUACGUUACCGUCCAAGUUAGCAAAGUAAAGAAAAGAACAAGAACAAUGCCGCAAGAGUUAAACCCCGUAUGGAAUGAAAAAUUUUACUUCGAAUGCCACAACUCAUCCGACCGAAUUAAAGUCCGCGUUUGGGAUGAAGACAAUGAUUUAAAAUCAAAACUCCGCCAGAAAUUAACAAGGGAGUCCGACGAUUUCCUGGGACAAACGAUAAUAGAGGUGCGAACAUUAUCCGGUGAGAUGGACGUGUGGUACAACUUGGAAAAACGAACAGAUAAAUCUGCCGUAUCAGGCGCCAUUAGACUUCAUAUCAACGUGGAAAUUAAAGGGGAGGAAAAAGUGGCGCCGUAUCAUGUUCAGUACACUUGUCUUCAUGAAAAUCUUUUCCACUACCUUUGUGAAGAAAACGGCGGAGCAGUGACGCUGCCGGCAGCGCGGGGAGAUGACGCAUGGAAAAUUUACUUCAAUGAAAAUCCAGAGGAAAUCGUAGACGAGUUCGCUAUGAGAUACGGCAUCGAAUCCAUUUACCAGGCUAUGACGCAUUUCCACUGUCUAUCCACAAAGUAUCUUUGCGCGGGAGUUCCAGCUGUUAUGUCGACGCUGUUAGCGAAUAUCAAUGCUUAUUACGCACACACAACUGCCUCCUCUGCUGUUUCAGCGUCAGAUAGAUUCGCAGCAUCCAAUUUUGGGAAAGAAAAGUUCGUGAAACUCCUCGACCAGCUCCACAACUCGCUUCGUAUCGACCUCUCGAUGUACAGGAAUAAUUUCCCCGCGUCGAGCGCUGAAAAACUUAUGGACCUCAAGUCUACCGUCGAUCUUUUGACGAGUAUAACUUUCUUCAGGAUGAAGGUCCAAGAGCUGAGUAGCCCUCCGCGAGCCAGUACAGUGGUGAAAGAUUGCGUGAAAGCGUGUUUGAGAUCAACAUAUCAAUUUCUCUUCGAAAAUUGCUACGAACUCUUUAACAGGGAAUUUCAAGUGGACCCCAACGAAGCGAAAAGGGACCCUUCGGAUCACGGCCCCCAACUGGACUCAGUGGAUUUUUGGCACAAACUUAUCGGUCUUAUCAUAUCUGUCAUAGAGGAAGAUAGAAACAGCUACGCGCCCGUCUUGAAUCAGUUUCCACAGGAGCUUAAUAUUGGACAGUUAUCAGCAGCCACGAUGUGGUCUCUUUUUGCUGUCGAUAUGAAGUAUGCGCUCGAAGAACAUGAACAACACAGACUAUGUAAAUCGUCCGCUUACAUGAAUUUACAUUUCAAGGUAAAAUGGCUGUAUACUGAAUAUGUGAAAGAUGUUCCACCAUAUUGUGGAGCGGUACCAGAAUAUCCAGCUUGGUUCGAGCCUUUCGUGAUGCAGUGGCUCAAUGAGAAUGACGAUGUAUCUCUUGAAUACCUGACUGGCGCUUUCAACAGAGAUAAGAGAGAUGGAUUCCAAAAAUCGAGUGAACACGCCCUCUUCAGUAAUUCAGUAGUGGACGUCUUCACCCAAUUGACGCAGUGCUUCGACGUGGUCUCCAAGCUUGAAUGUCCUGACCCAGAGAUUUGGAAAAGGUAUAUGAAGAGGUUUGCCAAGACCAUUGUCAAGGUACUGGUGGCAUAUGCUGAUAUCGUUAAGAAGGAAUUUCCUGAACAUCUUAAGGAAGAAAGAGUGGCGUGUAUUCUAAUGAACAAUAUUCAACAACUUCGCGUUCAACUGGAAAAAAUGUUUGAAGCGAUGGGCGGUAACAAGCUUGAGAGAGAUGCGGCAGAUAUCCUAAAUGAUUUACAGCAAAGCCUGAACAGUACUUUGGAUGAACUGGCUUCGAUGUUUGCUAAUAGCUUAGAGACAAGAAUAACAGCGAGUGUAAAAGAACUAGGAGAACUGCUGCAGAAAGUAGGCGGCGGAGCAGCGCCAGGCCAGCCACAGCCACCUGCACAUCAUGAGGCUGAUGAAGUUCUUCGACCGCUUAUGGAUAUUUUGGAUGGUUCAUUAACGAUGUAUGCCGAGUCGUGCGAAAAGACGGUUCUAAAGCGGCUGCUGAAGGAGCUCUGGAAGAUUGUGAUGAAGAUUCUUGAGAAGACUGUCGUGCUUCCGCCGAUGACGGAUAAGACGAUGAUGCUGAAGAAUUUGACGAACAACGCAAAGAACUUGGCAGCGAACGCCAAGAUUGAAGACAUGACGCAAUUGUUCAAGAGUACAGUUGGCAAGCAGGACGUGAAGCAUGCCUUAUCCGGGGUGAUGGAUAUUUCCAAAGAGCACCUAUCAGCGGAGAAGAGUUUGACACCAAAGCAAUGUGCCGUUCUUGACGCAGCGUUAGACACCAUCAAGCAGUACUUCCAUGCGGGUGGUAAUGGGCUAAAGAAAACUUUCUUGGAGAAGAGUCCUGAGUUGCAAUCUCUGAGAUACGCUUUGAGUCUGUACACACAAACCACAGAUACGCUUAUAAGAACGUUUGUUACAAGUCAACAAAACCAAGAUGCUGCAGUGGCAGAAGAAGGGAGUGUGGGUGAGAUUUCGCUCCAAGUGGACCUCUUCACACAUCCAGGCACUGGAGAACAUAAGAUUACUGUUAAGGUUGUGGCAGCGAACGACUUGAAGUGGGUGAUAGCAAGUGGAAUGUUCCGUCCGUUCAUCGAGGUGAAUCUCAUCGGUCCUCACCUCGCUGACAAGAAGCGAAAAUUCGCCACUAAGUCGAAGAGUAACAACUGGAGUCCCAAGUUCAAUGAAACGUUUCAUUUCAUGGUGAGUGCGACGGAACAGCUGGAAUUGUUCGAGCUGCACGUUUGUGUACGAGAUUACUGCUUUGCAAGGGAGGACCGGCUGGUUGGCGUUGCUGUCAUGCGUCUAGCAGAUAUUGCUGAACAGGGAUCAUGCGCGUGCUGGCUGCCGCUCGGGACACGUGUCAAAAUGGACGAAACAGGAUGGACGAUACUUAGGAUCCUAUCGCAGAGGCAUAGUGACGAAGUAGCUCGUGAAUUUGUGAAAUUAAAGUCGGAGAUGCGAGCUGAAGCGCCGACUGGCACUCCGGGCCCUACGUGA